AUGGCCGUCAACCUUAGGUCGCAGGGCACUGCCACACCGGCGGCACUGCACUCUCCCGAACACAUUUUGUCCCUCGAUGCCGGGGAAGCCCACCGUCUCUUCAACGAUGGGAAAUUGACCAUUUCGGGCUUACUUUCUCGGAUCUUGACGCAAAUUAAGGACACGAACACCAAUGGACCAAAGUUGGGGGCUAUUGUGUUCUUAGCGUCCGAACCUCAACUCAUGGCACGCGCCGGGGAUCUUCAGCAGGAGCUGGAAUCGGGCCACAGCCGCGGGCCACUACACGGAAUCCCAGUGGUUCUCAAGGAUUGUAUCGCCACUUCCCCCCUCCUCGGAAUGCCAACUAGCGCGGGAAGUUACGCUCUUUUGAACACCACCAAGGUUACUAGAAACGCUCCCAUCGUUGAAAGGCUUCUAGAUGCCGGCGCCAUUAUUGUUGGUAAAAGUAACCUCAGCGAGUUCUGCGCUUUCAAAGGCGACGGACUCAUCGACGGAUUCUCUCCUGUUGGCGGCCAGACUAAAUCACCUUACGUUUAUGGAGAAAUUGUGCUUGACGAAGGCGAUCUCUCCCCAUCGAGCCCAGGCGGGUCGUCAACAGGCAGCGCGGUAAGCGUCUCGGCAGGAUUCGCUCUCAUCGGCAUUGGCACCGAAAAUGAUGGCUCGAUCGUCCAACCGGCUUCCAGAUAG